CCGUGCGGCCGCCCGGUUUUUCCUGGAAAUCAGCCCUGCGAGCAAUCAUUCGAGUUUAUUUCGGAAACUACCGCCAGAGUAUGGGAGCACGAUUUUGAGCGAUCGUCUUUUCUUGAGCAUUCGGGUUUGUUCCGAAAACUUAUUCUCUAAAGUUGGUGUAUUGGUAGAUGGGAGAUUGGUACUCAAGGGGCCAAGUUCGGGAUUCUAUUGUUAAUCAGCAAAUUUUUGAAGAAAGAACUUCAAGCAUCAUGAUUGCCAUAACCUUCGUCGCCUGUUUUUCUGUAUUUGGGAUCAUCAAUCUCAUUGGGGGAUCAGUCCUGACAUUCAUGGCACACAACAGAUCUGAGGCUGAAAUGGAAGCAAUGAAGCUUUAUCAUGAUGUUGCCAAUGAUUCUUCAGUCAAAUUGAAUUACGCCAUCGAUCCCAUGAAAAUCAUUGGAAUCACUAUCUUGGUGGCAGGUACCUUUCUGAUUGUCAUGGGUGUGAGCCUCGGCAUAAUAGCCUAUCGUUCGGUAGGAAAGCACCGUCGUCGACAAGAGCGGAGAUUGACAUCUUGUUCAGGUCAAACCACGGACAGUUUUAUCAACCGAAGCAGCAGGCAUUCGGUUUGCUCCACUUCUUUCACCGGCAGUCAAUCCCGAAGCAAUGAGAAGAAGGGUGUAGAGAAGACGGUGUCCCCAAUCAUAGAGUCGAAUGGAGAAGAGGAAACCGUGUCAAGCGAACGCCGUUCUGAAGAAAUUGACAGAGAUGAUGGAUCAAGCACUUUCAUCAACGACAACUCUCCAAGCAAGUCAUCGCUUACCGUUCCAAAUUCUCCCAAAGAAGACAAGGACAAUGCCAUGCUGGGAGAUCCAGAGAAUCAAUAUUAAUUAUUGUGGAAAUUUUCAUCAUCAUUUGAACAAUCAACUUCAACUAGAAUUAGUUUCCUUAUAAUUAUAUAUUCUGUCCAAAAUGAAAACAUGAACUGAAAUGAAAUUAAAUAGACUAAGAAAGCAUUUAAAUUAUACUCGCCUACUUCAAAAUAUUAUUCAUCUCUAUUUAUAGACCAUUCAUAACGCGUCUUUCUCCGGUGCCGAAAUGCAUUCUUUAUUAUUAUUAUUAAAAAGCAGAGGGGACUAAAGGUUAGAUCUAACAGAAAAGUUUCUUUUUUCUUUUGUAUCAUUUUAAAUCAAAUUAUUUAAAGUGAACUUCAAUUUUAUGAACAAAAGAAAGCCUAAAGUUCUGCGUCAUGAUUCAUGGCCUGCUAUGGAGCAUUUAAAAAAAAACUAUUCAUAUACGACUAAUUCAACAAUUUUAUACUAGUCAUGACAUGAUCCAUAUUUUCUCACCAUUCAAGAAACAAAGCAUAGAUUUAACAACAAUCAGAUGCGGUAAAAUUAAAUCAGUUAAAAUUGUAAUUUUCGACUUUUUCCAAUGCUUAGAGAAUUUAAACAAUAAUCUGCAUUGAAGGAAGACAUAUAUUUUCCCCUGCUAACGUGGGAAAGUUUACAAUUUUGGAGUAGGUCUUGACAGAUGCUCUUAUUUGAACGAUCAGUAUCAUUCACAAUAUUGAUACUAGCUUAAUCUUUUAAAAGGCAAUUUUUUACUAGCCAUAAUAUAGUAAAAUAUUUUUAGGAAUGAGACUGGUUUAAGGAAAGUGAUUCAUUUAACUUAUCAGAUAAAUUUAAUUUGAUUAAUUAAUUUGUUGUGUUAAUUAAUAACUAAGUAACAAAUCAAGACACACCAUUUUGUGUGAGACAAGGAACUGUAGCAUCUAAGUAUCUGUCUUAUUGAAAAAUUUGUCAGAACUUAAGCCAGUCUAUAUAACUUCACCCAAAGAUAGAUGAAUUUGGCGGGAAGCAUACUUCCCAUGGCCUUACAAAGGGUUAAGUAAUCCUCUCUGUGAAGUUUGUUGCAGCAGCUACUAGAUUUCUGCCGAAUUCAAGAAAAAAAAAAUUCACUCAUUCACUCAAAAAUUCACUCACUCGUCGCUUUUCCAUUUUUAAAAUGUAAAAUAUUUUUAAAUACAUAUUUUCCUGGCUCAAAUGCCACUCAUAAAACAAUGGAGAAAAAAGCAGAAUUUGAAAAAAAAAGUAUAAAUGAAAGCUUAAUGAUCAUCAUGAGGAUGGUACGGUGAAGUACCAUUGCUUUAACCCUUUAAAGGGCCAUUUUUUUCUAAUCAUAUUAUGUUAAAAUAUUUUUAGGCUUGAAAUUAGAAUAAGAAAAGGGAUUCAUUUAGCUUAUUAGAUAAAUUUAAUUUGAUUAAUUAAUUAAUUUGGUUAAUUAAUAAUUAAGUAACAAACCAAUGCACAUCAUUUUGUGUGAGAUAAAGAACUGGAGCAUCUAAGUUUCUGUCUUUCUAAAAAAAUUUGUCAGAACUUAUGCCAACCUACAUAAUUUCAUACAAAGAUUGAUAAAUUUGGUGGGAAGCAUACUUCCCACGGCCCUAGAAAGGGUUAAAUAAAAGUUCUGUUUAAUUUUGGACAGAUCCUGUAGUUCAUAUAGUAAUCGUAUUCGUGAAAUCCCAUUCAUUUGAAACUAUCUGUUUUAUACUUUUUACAUAACCUAAAAAAGUGUUUUUAACAUUUGAUUUCCAUAUAUUUGUAAAUGUGCAUAGUUAUC